GCUCGGAAGCCUCACUCCCGUCACAGUACCGUGAGAGUCAGCUGGGUGUGGCGUCAGCGUCGGAAGGGCAGUGAUCAUGCCGCGUGUCGGGACUGCUGGACGUCGUGAGCCUCACCUGGAGGCCGACGUCAAGGAGUGGAUCGAGGCCGUCACCGGCGAGAAGUGGCCCGCUGGCGCCGACUAUGCCGCGGUCCUUAAGGACGGCGUCGUCCUGUGCAACCUCAUCAACAAGCUUGCCCCCGGAUCCAUCAAGAAGAUCAACACCACCGGUACUUCCUUCAAGAUGAUGGAGAACAUCAACAACUUCCAGAGGGCGAUGCUGGCCUACGGCUGCACGGACGUGGACGCCUUCCAGACCGCCGACCUGUUCGAGGGCAAGGACAUUGCCGCCGUCACCAACUCCAUCUUCGCGCUCGGCCGUCAGACGUACCUCCACGCCGAGUGGAAGGGGCCUUGGCUUGGUCCGAAGCCGGCCGAAGCGAACGUGCGCGAGUUUGACGACGAGACGAUCGCCGCUGGCAAGACGGUGAUCGGCCUGCAGGCUGGCACCAACCAGGGCGCCUCGCAAGCCGGCCAGAACAUCGGCGCCGGCCGCAAGAUCAUCCUGGGCAAGUAGGCCGCCCGGCACCGAUCGCCCCGGUGUCUUGUCUUGUGUGCUUGGCGCCGGGGGUCAGACACUGUCUGCCAGCGGGUCCACAGCGGAAUUUCGGUCACAAGCUCUCCGCCAGGUGUCGAGCUAAAACGGCUCGACGCGCAGCCACCAACUUGUCACGUGUUUUCACGAUGUUUCAUAAAGAAUAUUGGUUGAGGUGAUUAAUUCAUGAUCCAUAGAACGGCGGUAGGCAUACCAAUGCGCGCGCGGUAUUUGUCAGGAAACAAUGCAUCAACAAAUACAGGUUUGAAAACUUUC